UUUUGCUGGCAGCCGCUUCUGUCGGCAGGCGUCGCCGAGAACUGCGUCAUGGGCGCCCGUUGGCCUCACGACGUCUCUGGGAAAGGCAGAGGGCGGUGGGCAAGAGGCGCCAGAGGCGCGCGGGGGGAGGGCGGGAGUCUCCCGCCCUCCCGCCGCGCGGAGUCUCCGCCCCUCCCCCGCCCUGCCCCCGCGCGGAAUCAAGAGGGGAGAGGUGGGGCUCAAAGGAAGAAGAGAAAAAGACGAGGCAGAAUCAGGAGGAGGAGGAGGAGGACGAGGACGGCGAGGAGGCCCUACCAUCAGUCUCCAGCUUGCGAAUCUACAAGCCGCGUUGGCCGAUGCCGCGGGGCGCUCUCCGAAGAGCCCACCAAGUUCUGAGACGGAGGCGGCGCGCCCAGAAGGAGGACGAGAGGCUGGCAGUGGGAGGGGGGGGGGUGAGGAGGGACGAGGGGGGCACGUCCCGGCAAGCGUUGGCGCCAGCCCUGGCGGUGAACAGUCGCCCUGCCCUGGCACAGAGGCAGCAGAGCCGACGACCACAGACAGGCGGGCGCGCUGACCCGGACACACACACACACACACACACACACACACAACACAACAAAAAAACGCCUGGACUGGUGAAACGAGCGCGAGCCAGUGGACCCAGCGUAGGCGGCGGCCCCACCCGGAGGAGCAGCAAACGAGAACAGAAGCAAGAACUCUCCGAGGUCCACGCGAAUCUUAUUUCUUGAGUCGGCGCUGGGCCUGGGUCGGGCAUGUCCCUCUGCAGG